UCCCUGUUAGCUGGUAGUUUCUCCAACUGUCCUCCUGAUUUCUUCACAUGUCUCCUCAAAUUUUCUCGGAAAAUUGGAGAAAGCCGACGACAAUUCUCAUCUCUGCCUUGAGUUUCAUUGUCUUCCUCAUCCUUGACUUUCUUGACAACUUUCUCUGCAUCCUGUAUAGAUAUAUUGAUGAGCUCUUUGAAGGGCAGGCCUCCUCUUGUUACUGUGCAAGCAAGGAAGAGCAGGUGAGGAAUGUGGGUGGUCAUGGAGAAGGUGAGCUUUCAGAGACUCUAUAUCAGAGGAAAAAUGCUUUCAGGGAAAUGGGUUUUCUUGGAUUUGCCAAAAAAUCCAGGAAAAUUGGUGGUGGAGCAGUUGUCAAUAGGUGGUCUGAUUGUGGAUGUGAGUCUUGUCUUUCAUGGAUGAAUGAUUGUGAUCAGAAGCUUCACUUUGUUGUUAGGGAGCCCUCGCAAGCCAUCACUGAUCAGGAUUGCAGAGGAAAGCCAGUCGAGAAUGUGAUAUUCUUGCAUGGGUUUCUUUCUUCUUCCUCAUUUUGGACAGAAACAGUGUUUCCAAAUCUUUCUGAACGUGUGAACCAUAAUUAUAGGUUGUUUGGUGUCGACCUCUUGGGAAUUGGAAGAAGCCCAAAGCCCAGAGACUGUAUGUAUACUUUGAAGGAUCAUUUGGAAAUGAUUGAGAAGUCUGUGAUCGGUCCAUUUCAAUUGGAUUCUUGGGUAUAA